AGCAAGGAAGAAAAGCCUCUUUAAUCCUGUGAGGCAGCAAGAUCCCUUCAAGCUAGGACAUUGUGUGGAGGAGCUGCAGGAAAACAGAAAGCUAUGCUGAACUGACAUUACUAAAAACAACACGGAAAUUUGUUGUACGAAUUGUACCACUAGAGCUAGAAGUGGAGGGAGGUCAGCUGGAAGUUCUGAGAAAAAAAUCAGACAAAGGACUUUCAGGCUCAAGGACUUUGUGCUGUGGGGACAUACGCAUCUGAAAAUGACAAGCACUUCAGGUGGAUAAGUACCUUACGUCUCUCUCUAUUAUUGCUAUGUGACUGUGGAGGUUUUUCAGGUUCCAUAAGUACUAACAGAGGGAAACGAGAUGGGUUGCACUCCGUCUCAGAGCAGUUUAAUACAGAACUUCUCUAAGAGUGGACCAGGGUCAUUCAGAAAAGGCAGAACCCUGAGACCUCAGCUUGAGAGGAUCGAGAGCCCGGUAGAGACUCAAUCUGAGGAUGGAGGGGGCACAACCAGCCCUUGUGAAACGGACGGGGAGGCCUGGGACAGAGGAGGGGGAACCCCAAACCCUCCCAGACAACGUCGACCCAUCCUCCCAGAAACAGCCUCCCUGAAGCCAGAGAGGAAGUCUUCCCUGCCAGAGGCAGCCAAUUCAGAGUCUAUCUGUCCACAGAAGAUUGGAAUGCAGGAAAUCCAGAUUGACAUAGCUCAGGUGGACAACGAGAAGAAGGAGGGCAUGGAGCAGCAGGAAGAGAAGCUAACAAAAAAGGGAGGGCAGAGAAAACAGAGAAAAGGGAAGACUGGAAAGCAGGGCAAACGGAUAAAAGAGAGGAGAGCCUCCCAGGAGCAGAAAGUGGACUUCCCAGAGCUCCUGGUCAAGGCACACCAGUCGGCCUAUGCUUAUCUGAACCCCAGCAUCUCAAGAUACGAGGCCCUGAUGGGACUGCUUGACCAGGCAACCCAGACCCAGAUCCAGCUGCAGCAAAUGGUCAGCUUUCUGGCUCUGCGCUACGAGGAGGUGAACAAAGCACUGGAGGAAAUCGCCAGUGAUGGAGAAAAGCUGCUGAAAGAAUCUGGGGAACACCUGGCAUGGUCUUUAGGGAAAGGUGGUGCCCUGAGGACAGAGCCCCCUCCAGAUCUGCUCCAACAGCUGUUGCAGUACUCCGUUCAGAAGAUGCAGUUGGUGGGUGGGGCAGUGGGUGGGGUUACGGACUCCGCCCUUGAGGAGGCAGUUGACUAUUUUGGUGCCGCCUCUGAUUUGAUGGCAGAGAAGUUAAAGGUGAAGCGCGGGCUGGAUGGCAGGCUGGCCAGGGUCCUUGGGCGGAUCGAAGCAGCCGCUGUAAGAAAACCAGGGCCCGAGGACAUGACUCUGUACUCUGAAGACAGUGGACUUGGAGGGGAGAGCGAAUCCCUGGCGGGCUCUGAGAGACACCAGCAAUGCAGAGAAAUCUGUGAUUCCGCUAGUGUUGAAAACAAUAAAGCAUCAGCCUCCCUUCCUCCCCCUGCUGUGCCAAGUGAUGCAGAGGCUUCCAAAGCACCUAAAGACAUUAAAAUGUGUGCCAGCUUUUCCCUGAAUUCUUUAGACUCUAACUGCAGCACUUUGGUAGCAUCCCUCGAUGAGGAGGAUGAUGAUGAUUUAGAGGAUUUGGAAGAUGAGGAUGACUUAAAGAAGCAAGGCACUAAUUCCUCUCCUGUAGACCCUUGCACCCUUAUCAGGCUGGCCCCAAAGAGGAUAGAGAACCCUGAGAAUGAAGAGAUGAGCCUGAAAAUGAAGGAUGCCAUCAGCGGCCGAAUACGAUUCGUCCCUGGCAAGCGUAAUGACAACUGCAGCAAUGGCAGUGCAGGAAGCAGUGCCCCUCAGUGGCCAGAGGAAGAAGAACGCAAAGGGAAAAGGCCACAGACUGCCGCAGCAGUUAAUAGAGGGGAGAAGAAGGUAGGGGCAGCCAAGAAGAGGCGCUCAAGGUCAGCUGAGUCUCUCCGCAGCCAAGGAGAGGACCCCACCCUUCUGGAGCUCCAAAGAACUCAGAAGGACCUGAACCGCAGACUGGAGAAGAUGUUAGAGGGAAAAACAGCAAAUGACAAGUCUGCCAAGUCCAAGCUGGGUGGGGAUCAGCCUUUGGUCAGUGCAUCAUCUAACAACCGCCUUCGCUCUUCUCUGGACAAAAACUUCAGCAUCCUACCAAGCCAGGACAGGCCAGUCCUGCAGAAAAGCGGAUCUGGGGAGCAUGGGGAGGAGAAGAAGAAACAGAAGAGAGGGGGAAGGGGGCCACUAAAAGCAACCCCGCCAAAUACCCCUCUGCCAAAAAAUGAGAGACAAUCUGUAAAGAGGUUGAUCGACACUUUCAGUCAAGUUGAAGAGAACAUUAAUAACAGGGACCCUCUGAAGCCUCUGGCUCCCCUCAAGGGGGUACGGAAAUGUGGGGUCCCCAUUCUUCCCUCCAUGGGCUACUGGGGACUGGCCCCCAUUAAUAGUAGAGUAGAUGUAGGGGAUUUAGAGGCUGAAGAAGAGGGUACCAAACCAGGGGACAUUGACUUAGACAGCCUUCCACCACCCCCUCCUGAGGUCUUGAUGGACAACUCUUUCCAGAUCACUGAUGGACCUCCAGCACCCAGCGAUACUUUCACCCCCUCUACGAACAUCAGUGGCACCAGAGGAAGGUCCUCAAAUCCCCAAAGAACGUCUGUAUCCCAGAGGCUGAAGGCCUCUCUGAAUGCUGUCAAUGUGCUCCCCAGCAAAGGGAGUUUGCGGAGAGGUUCGGUUAGUGUCUCCCCCCAAAGGCCUGGCAGGCAGAACGCGGCUUCCAGGAGCAGCUCUGUGGAGUCCCAGCCUGAGAUCGAACCUGACCCUGAAAAAGAGGAGGCAGCCAGCCUCUACAGGCAGGCAAGAAAGAUCAUCCACCUGCAGCACUCAACUGAGUCCCCGUCAGAUGUUUCAUUACAUCAUGGAUCCUCAACUGAAAAGGGGCAAACAAGGACGGACUCCAACAUCUCCACCAGGAAAGCUUGCCCAUCUCUUGGAGCCACUGAGGCCCUCCCCGGCCCUCCAUCCCUGCCUCCAAGACCCCCCAGCCCUCCAGCUCCUUCAAGAACAGCCCCUCCAACUCCCCCACCCCUUUCUGGCACUCGCAAGCUGCCCACAACCCCUUCAAGCCACCCCACCCAGCACAGGAGACUGCCCAGUCCCCCUAUACAGCGACGGCAGCCCUCCACACCUUUAUCAAGCCCUCCAACAACCCAGAAACAACCCAGCCCACCCACGCAAAGGAAGCUUCCUAGCCCCCCUUCCCUUCGGAGGCAAUCAGAUCCAGCCAGCCAGGGUAGCUGCCAGGGCAAAAUCGCAAGCCCUCCUGCCUACAGAAGGGACUUCAGCCCGUCUUCAUAUUGCAAAACACCGUCCCCUCCCUCCUCUCCACGAGCCGCCCACAACCGUCCCCCACAAGCCCGGAACAGCAAUGAUCUGGGGGACAAGCAGCCUCCCUCUGCUCAUUACCUUGGUAACGUCCAAUCCAUCUUCUGUCCUGCCUCCUCCUCCCUCUUUGAGGCCCAGCCCCCUGUACCCCAGUUCUAUCCCCCACCCAGCAGCUGUAUUCUGCCUCGGCCCUGGGGAGAGCAGGCUGCCCGCAGCAGUGCCACGCUAAGCGCAGUCAGACAGAGCCCCCAACCCUUCGUCCGACGGAGCUACUCAGACCGCCGGCCUGGCAUCAGGCUCAGACUGCCCUUCUCCCCUGUCAGCUCCUCCAGCUCUGGGAGUGAGCCAGCUAUCUGCAGCCAGGGGCCAGUGGAGGGUCUAGGCAAGGAGGAGGAGCCAUGGAACAGCCAGCACCUAUCAGAGCUCAGAUCAGGCACUCGCUCUGCCUCCCACCCCGAGCUGUGCAUCGUGGGCCAGUCUCUGCAGAAGGAUUAAGCAAAUCAGCAGUUGAGGAUUAGGUUUUUUUUCAAGGAGAAAGAAGCUCACUAAUUGAUGCCAAAGCCUAUUUCAUAAUUACGCUUCUUAACUCUCAAGAAAUACCAGUACCGGUGUGAUGGGAGGCUUUUUGCUUUUUUGUGCUUGUUUCUGUGUUCCUGCACUAGGCCUAAUACAAUAUUUGGAUUUUAAUACCUUUGAUGAACGGCAGGAUUGGGUUGUCACCCGUUUAAAAAAAAAAAAAAAAAAUUACAUUUUUUAUUUAUUGUUCAAAAUAACUUAUACAGUAAAAUCUGCUAAAAGUACAAUUCUGUAUCAAUUUUAUACAAGCUUAAAGUUUACCUAAAAGAGAACGCUGGCACUGAUCUCAAUAGACACUGUGUUUGAUAUUAAUUUGUAGCUGACGGCUGCUCAACUCAGAAUUUAAAACCUGUGUUCUGAGUCGUGUUAUUAAUAUUAAACGUAAUUCCAUCUACAUUUCUUAAUUAUAUUCAUUACCUGUUUAAUAUCCACAGUCAGAUGUGUUAUCUGUUGUUAUCUAUGCUUACAAACUAAUUUACCAGGUUUACUAACUAAUGUCAAAUUACAACCUCUGGGGUCUGACUGAAAAGUUGUAUUCCUGAACUGAGGUGGUGUUUCCUAGGCUGUGCAGCCAAGAUUUUACAUUCCCUAACUGAAAGUUACCACAGUUGCAUUUAGGAGCCAGACCUCGUCGUUGAUAAAUAACAUUAUGGCGUUGGGUUCGCGUCCCGGUCGCCGGUCUGGUCUUUGAUGGGAAUUCCGGAGUGUGUGUCUCAUUGGCUCUGGUGGUCCCCCAGGGACAUUUGUUAGUAAGCCUGAUAAAAACCGCGCCAGAGAGAAUGACAGAGAACACAUAUAAAACAACACUAAACAGAUAGAAAAUUGCAAUAUCCUCUUACAACCUCACUGGGUUUCAUACCCCUCUGAACUAUUGAUAACUAAGACCCAAAGAAAUCAACAGCAAUAGAAAAUAUAUGAAUGGUUAUAAAAACACAUGGAAAUCAAUGAACGUUACAAUGUACACGGGGUCGCAGGAGGAUACAGCUAAAACAAGGUAUCUCUUUAAUGCCAUAUACACGACACCCUGACACCAUGGAGGUAACGAGCUAUGAGGACACCGAGGUCGUGACCUCAGCUGUUUUCAUCAUAAAUGCUGAUGCUCAUGUAAAAAUUCUGGUAAAGUACAAAAGACUCCUUAAUUUUCUCUGUUGGUUUGCCAUGUAACAUAGAUUUGGAGGUUGAAUAGUGGACACCAAGCAGUCAUAUAAAUACUGCAGCUAUAGCUUGAAACCUAAGUGUGACCUCGGUAUAGUGUCAGCUCUGGUUAUGAUACCUGCUAGUGAUACCAAGGAAGGUUCAUUUCUAACAAAUACUGACACACAACAUAUUGGUGAUAAUCACCUCUCGAGGCAUUUAACACUUACCCCUAAAGUCGAUCAUUUUUAUGCUUGUAAAGGGGAGGGUCUCUCCUGUAGGGGGCAGUCAACCGUUUUUUCAGGAACUGUUGGAGGGGAAGGGUGCACUGAGGGAAUCUGAACCCGUGAUGCUGUCUGCCGUUGGCUACCUUAUCCAGUGUUCCAAUGCAAUAGGCUGGUUUUGUGGUUCGUCAUUUACGCGUUACUUUUGCAUUUAAACGUUUACACGCGCUGUCAGUAUGUAGUUGGACAUCGUUGCACCGAUGAAGGCAUUAUCUGAAACGUCUGUCUACUUAACUUGAAUUAUUUAGAACACUGCUAUAAACUAAGACACCCCAGGAUUACAUUAAUUAUGGCGCUGCGGCGCUCACAGUAGCUUUUAGAAAAGUACCAAAUCUAAACACUGUGGUAACUGUAUAUUUAAUACCAGCAAUGCAGACAGUAGCCUUAAAUUUUAGUCAUCUUUCUUACAGUGCUGUUUUGAACACAAUGUUUUUGUCGAUGCCUUCAGUCAUCAUCAGUUUCUGGGUUUGAUUCCUCCACGAAAAGACAAUGUAAGACCUUAUAUCUAAACACUGUAUACAAAAUGAAACUAAACUUUAAAAACCACAGGUCUAUUCCAUUGAUCGAAAUGCACACGGUUUUAUAGAUCCUAUGAUUUAUAUAGUCACCAGUUAGAUCAAUCAACAAAAGCAAUCUCUCUCCGUACAUUGUGUAUAAUUUGCACAUUUGUCAUUUCGAGCUGUUCUUUUUUCUUGUUAUCCAUGUUAGAAUCUGUACCUGAUGUAAAUGUGUCUCUUAUUAUUUGUGUAGGAACUGUAUGUGUCUGCUUGUUUUGUACCUGUGUACUAAAGUCACAACAUGAUGGCCAAAUCUCUUUGACCUGACAUCAAAUAGAUUCAGUGUCAAAGCUUUUUUUUUUUUUUUUUUAUUGUAUUGUAUUUAUAUUAUAUAACACACUUUUUAAAGGAGAUUUUUAAGGACUGAAUUUUCCACAUUUACUUAUAAGGCUGUGUUGAAAAUGUAGAUUAAAAGCAGUUGUAAUUACUGAAAGUGAAAAAAAGUUUAACCUUUUGACCUGC